CUCCCUCCCUCUCCCUCCCUCUCUCCCUCCCUCCUCCUCUUCCUCUUCCUCUCUUUCCGUGAGGUUGACGUCGAGCCUCCUCACCGUCCCUCCGGCAGCGCGACUCUCCGGGCGGGUCACACUUCGCUCCAGCGCCGCGGCCGGUCAAGUCGUCGACUAGGGCUGGAGAAGUGAACGGUGUGAAGAGUGUUGGAAUGCGACAGGAUUAUCAUCUGACCUUAACCCAGAGGAGGCGAACCAAGCGGCCCACUGGAUCACACGUUUUUUCCUGAUCCGUGCUGCACCAUAAUGCCUUUGAGGCAACAAUGUCGUCUACGCUGAAGCACGUCAUUCUGCAGGGUAAAGACGAGGACGUCGAGAAGACGCUGGGCUGGAGUUACAUCGAGUGGGUUGAAAAUGAAGUGGCCGCCCCGGGCGUGGCGAAUGCACAGACUCAAACGGACCCGGGGCCCGUGGAGCACAAGGAGAGUCAGACCAGCAGCCCGGUCAUCGUGCACAUAGAUCUCACUCGGACACACUCCAAGCUGAGACAUUCGUCGCUGGUGGACAGUGACGGCUUGGUCGCCCCCUUGUUCCAGUUCGACCGGCAGGCCCCCGCCCGCAUCUCCACGUCGCCCACUUUGCGGCGGAUGAGGAGCACCCGACGUCCUCUGAUGGACUCUCGGGACCCUGUGAAGAUGGGGAGCACACAGGAGGAGCCCUCUCCUGCCAACGCGCCAUCCCCCAUGGCCACAGUGUCCCCAGCACACAGAGCCAUGUCUCCCCUUGCAGCGCCCCCCCUCUCCGACGGGGAGAUCAGUCACGAUCACCAGCCCAUUUCAUCCUCUGGCCGACAGAGGAGCAGAUCAUAUAGAUCAGAGACGUUUGACAAUGGCGUCUCUUCCAGCAGUGCUCAUCCCACUCUCAUGAAGGAUUUUGGAUUUCCCGAUGGGGAAGCACAGGAGAAAGACGGCUGCUAUUCGAGGCUUCAGGAGCGAAGACGGAGUUCUGUGGUGGUCAGCCUGCCCGGAUUGGACAUUUCACCGGGAGACCUUUUUGUGUCCAAUGGAGCAGCUGGCAUUUUAAGUGGUAUACACUUCUCUGAUACUAAGAAGUCAAAGUGGCCUUUUUCGAGGCGCAGUACGACCAAAGGGAAGUCGCAGACGGGCACAGUGUCGGAUUUAGAAAAAUAUCUCUCAACUGCAGAGAUUCAAGACUGGAGAAACUGCGACCUUCAGAAGUAUAAGGACUACUCUCUGGCGGAGUUCCUGCGGGACCAGUCUUCCCCGGUGAGCACCACCUCUUGUCCUCAGGGCUUCAAGAGACAAGAGGCCAUCUGGGAACUCUUCACUAGUGAGUGCGUCUACUUCCUGGAUCAGCUCAUGGUUCUCAAAGAGGUGUUUUUGGCCACGCUCACAAACCUGCAGGUGAGGAACUUCCUGACUGACGUCGACACCUGGAGGCUGUUUGCGAACCUCAACGAGCUUUGCCUGGUGAGCUUUGGUUUCCUGAACAACCUCCUGCGCGUCACAAAGGACACGUUGGAGAUUACCGAGGGUGGCGGGUCCACCCUGCUGGAGCUGCUGAGCAAGGCCUUCCAGGAGAGCAUAUGUCACUGCCUGCAGACGUACUGCCUCAACUACUCCACGGCUCUGCUUUAUCUGGAAAGCCUGAAGGCCCGGGAGGACUUUGGAUCGUACGUGAAGUGGGCUGAGAGGAACGAGCAGUGCCGGAGGCUGCAGCUGCGGGACCUGUUGGUCGUGCCUCUGCAGAGGCUCACUCGAUACCCGCUGCUGUUGCGGAAUAUUGCGAAGAGAUAUCAGACGGACGACGAGACCAGAGGCCUGCUGGUUAUAGCAGAGCAAGUAGACACUUCUAUAUGUGAUUUAGAGGGAAAGGUCAAAUGGCUGGAUAACUACCAGAAGGUGAAACAGUUGCGAGAUGCCCUGGUGUGGUUGCCUGUAUGGGAGAGAGACAAGCACUCCUUCAUCCCUGAGAAUCUGAAGCAUCUCCUGAAGACUGUCAUUUUGGAGAAUCUCAUUACUCACAGAAGUCUGCUGCACGAAGGGAAACUGGUGCUCACAGAGAACACAAAGCUGAUAGAUGUUUACCUCUUCCUGUUUGACGAAUUCCUGCUGAUCACAAAGAUAAAGAGAAACAAGAAGCGGUCCGUCGGCCCCGAGCAGAAUCCCCUGAGGCUGCCACAGAACCUGGAACUGGACCAGCUGCUGAAGGAGGGAUGCACCUUCACGGUUCUCGACCAGCCCGUCUCUGUGGACCGACUCCAGCUCAAGAACAUCGAUCAACUAAAUGCCUCAACAUCGGGGCUGCCUCACUCUUUCAUCAUCAUGCACCAGAACCGCUACCAGCAGUGCAUCGGUGCGUUCGUCCUGCAAGCUGCGUCAGAGUCUGCCAAGAAAGUAUGGAUGUCAAAGAUAGAGGGCGCUGUGAUGGCGCUGCUGAAGCUGGACUCUCAGCAGCCGCGAGUCAAGAGCUCCUCACUGUGGCUGGAGUCCUCACAGAUCUGACCGGUCAAACUCGCCAGGAGCCAUUUGAAGCCUCGUCACUGUCAACUGUGCACUUCACCGUCCCCCGUCCCCCCGACGUCAUGUAAAUGACUGUAGUUGCACUAGAAUCAUUUUGUAUACUUUAUGUUUGCCUUUUAAGGCAGAUGCUGCAGUAGUGUUCAAUAAAUUUACCUGAUUGUGGAGUAAAACGUU